AUGGCUCACCAGACUAUCUACGGCGUGAAUUCUCCGAGCGUUCAUCAUUAUAGCUCGGGAUUUCCGUAUAGUUUUACCCAGCCCUUCCAAAACCAGGCUAGUUUGGCCGCUAAAGUGUACAGGACACCUUCCAGUGCUUUACCUGGCUCCUCCGGGGGCUACACUUAUCCUCACCCUGGAACGGACUAUCGGUACCCCCGGAAUGGACCUACAGGUGGAUAUUUCGGGUUCGGUGGAGGAGGGUAUCCGUCAAAUCACUCGGAUUACUUCACCAGAUCAUUGUCAUCUAGAGACACGUCAUCAGAUUAUAAGUUUUCCUCAGUUUCCAAUAAAGAUAUUAUAUCAAAUUCCGGACUCGAAAAACUGCCUUCCCUUGACAGGAACAUAACAUCAUCGUCGUAUUCUCAGCUGACGUCAUUACGUGCUGAUUCACCGCCGUCAACGUCAUCAUCUCCAGUUUCGUGCACGAAAGCCGAAGAAGGAGAUAGUCCAGCGUUCAAAUUAGAUCUUUCGUCCAAACCCAGGAAAGAAAGGACGGCUUUCUCUAAAAACCAAAUACGAGAACUAGAGAAGGAAUUCGGGAUCCAUAAUUACCUGACCAGACUAAGACGGUACGAAAUAGCCGUAGCAUUGGACCUCACAGAACGCCAGGUAAAAGUUUGGUUUCAAAAUCGAAGGAUGAAAUGGAAACGAGUGAAAGGCGCACAACUUGGAAAGGACAAAAUUACAGGACAAAUAAAGCCAUUGAUAAGUCCGCACGUUUCUGAAAAUAACGCCAUGACAGAGCACUUUGGUGACAAUUAUCAACAGACACUCUCCGAUCUGGAAGACAAAUUCGCCGAUUAUAACUACAAAUUUGAGAAGACAUGCGAAUCGAAGCAUUCAAAGUGUUGA